AGCGCUUCAGUGGUUAGACAGGGAUACAUAUUUGCGAAUUAUAGAAUCGAGCGGCUAAACGCACUAGCAUACCUUCAGGGAAAUUUAACAAGACUCAUAGCCAGAUUUCGUAGCUAGCUAACACAAAGACAGCUGAUACAUAAUUAUUUUCGAAUGUCAUAUUUGUUUAAAAGCUAGAGUCAAGGGAAAGUGGUCUAUCAGUGUCAAAUGCAACAAAUGGCAGAGAUACGAAAAAAGCUGGUCGUCGUCGGUGACGGCGCGUGUGGGAAAACCUGCUUGCUAAUUGUAUUCAGCAAAGACGAGUUUCCUGAGGUCUAUGUGCCAACUGUAUUUGAUAACUAUGUGGCGGACAUUGAAGUGGACACCAAGCAAGUCCAACUAGCACUAUGGGACACGGCUGGACAGGAGGACUACGACCGCCUUCGCCCGCUGUCCUAUCCGGACACCGAUGUCAUCCUGAUGUGCUUUUCCGUGGACAGCCCGGACUCCCUCGAAAACAUCCCCGAGAAAUGGGUGCCAGAGGUUAAGCACUUUUGUCCCAACGUGCCAAUUAUUUUAGUCGCCAACAAGAGAGACUUGCGCAACGACGAGAUUGUUAGGACCGAGCUGUCCAGAAUGAAACAGGAACCCGUGAAAACAGAGGACGGGCGCGCCAUGGCCGUGCGCAUUAGUGCAUAUGACUAUUUGGAGUGUUCUGCUAAAACAAAGGAUGGUAUUCGGGAGGUGUUCGACACUGCGACACGUGCAGCUUUACAGAAGAGAUCAAAACCCUCCAACGGUUGUGUAAACUGCUGUCUGUUGUUGUGAUUGAAUAAACGGCUGACGUAAGCGAUAAUAUAGGCCCACGGCUGCCAACACCA